ACGAACACACUUCGUCAGUGUGUAAAGAAAUAGUCAUGAUUAAGGGUGUGAAUUUCUUAUUAGUUUUUUGUGCAGUAUUCGGCUGUCUUCUUGCUGACUCCAACUAUAUUAAUGGUAACAUUACAGACCUAGCGAAGUUUAUCGAAACUGAAAAUGUCAGUAAGACUCAUUCAGAAGAUUUGAAUUUCUCAUUCAAUCUAAUCGUAAGAGUAAAUCCACAAGUUUUUGUGAAUUUCACAAAAUUGACUUCCGUGAACUUGGACCAUAACACUGAAUUUAAGCUAAACCAUGAGAAUGAUCCGGUACUAGAGAGUUCAACUCUAUCAGCAUUUUCCUGCAAUGAAUGCAAAAUUACAAAAAUCAGCAGUAAUACUUUUAGUUUGUUGCCUGAACUUCAAAUAUUAUUCCUCAAUAGUAAUGGUCUGACAAGCAUUGCACCGGAUGCAUUUAAAAGUAAUGCAAAUUUGGCAAAGUUAUCCUUCAAAGACAAUAAAUUGAAGGAAUUGCCGGAAAAUUUGGUAGAAGGCAAUUUAAAACUUCAAGUCCUGCACAUCGACAAUAACAGAUUGUACAACUUCCCCAAGGCAAGACCCAUCUUAAUUAGCAAAAGUUUGAAGAUUUUCACGUGCAAUGGCUGUGGAAUUACAGAGAUUCACAUGGAGACACUGUCUAAACUGCCACAUCUCACUACCCUGCACUUGCAGAUGAAUUCCAUAAGUCACAUGCAUGAAUUGAGCUUUGCAGAAACAUCCCAAUUGCAUGUUAUUAAUUUAGAGUCUAACAACCUGACUAAGCCACCCGUAAGUAUCCUCACGGAGGGGACUGUCCUUGAGGAACUUUGCCUAGGAGGGAACCCUAUAGAAUGGACCUUCGAAAGUUAUGAAUUCUACUACAAGCUGAGCCACAACUCCUGCAGUAUCGCCGUUCAAACAGUAGCAACAACAACAUCAACAACUCCAUAUCUAACCACGGAGAAGACCGAUGAGAUUGAUAAUAUUGCUAUGGCAGAAGUUGUUAAUCCAACCCUUUUGGAUGCCCUAAUUGCCACAUACUUGCUAGUUUGCGUCAUCCUGGAGAGUCUCCUAUUUGCAGCAAUUAGCCUAUACCUGGCUAGGAUAGUCCAAACAAAAUCAAAAGACUUUGACUACUCAACCUCGGUGAUCAAUCCAAGUGAUAUUUAUAAAAUAAAUUGAAUAAAAGAAUAAUUUUAGUAGGACAUUAAAAAAAA